AGAGCUCAGACCUCAUGGCCCAUGAACAGCGUCAUGACAAAGAGAGGCGCUAUGAGUGCUUGCAGUGUGGGAAGAGCUUUAGCCAGAACUCCUCCCUGAUCCGCCACCACAGGAUCCACACUGGGGAACGGCCCUACCAGUGUGGGGAAUGUGGGAAGGGCUGCAGAGACAGCUCCAACCUGAUUGUCCACAUGAGGAUCCAUAAUGGGGAGAGGCCCUAUGAGUGUGGGGAAUGUGGGAAGAGCUUCAGCCACCGCUCCAGCCUCAUCUGCCACCAGAACAUCCACGCUGAGGAAAGGCCAUGCAAGUGUGGGGAAUGUGGGGAGGGCUUCAACCAGAGGUCCCAACUGAUCACCCACCAAAUGAUCCACACUGGGGAGAGGCCCUACGAGUGUUCCCAGUGUGGGGAGAGGUUUCAGACCAGCUCCAAGCUUCUUGUGCACCAGCAGAUUCACACAGAUGAGAGGCCCUUCCGCUGUCCCGACUGUGGGAAGGGCUUCAAGUACAACUCCAACAUCGUCACCCACCGGCGCAUCCACACUGGGGAGAGGCCCUACGAGUGUCCCCAGUGUGGGAAGAGCUUCACCCAGAGCUCUAACUUGACCCAACACCUACGGAGACACCGGUAAGGAAAGCCCUGCGAGUGCCCUGACUGUGGGAAGAUAUUCAUGUAUGACUGCAACCUCAU